AUGCUGAGAGCAGCGUGGAGGGCACUGAGUUCUGUUCGGACCCAGACAGUGACCCCGGCCCAAGUCCUUAGGUUGUCAGACAGAGGGAGAGCCAGUCUUCCCUCCGACCAGUGGAGCCUGCAGCCUCGAGGUCUCGUCCUCCAGUUCACCCGCGGAUUUGCCAUCCAGAAACCAGUCCAGCCCAGCCAAGAAGAUGACCCGCCUCCUUCCACAUUGCUUAAAGACUACCAGAACAUCCCUGGGAUUGACAAGGUUGAUGAUGUCGUGAAAAGACUCUUGUCUUUGGAAAUGGCUAACCAGAAGGAGAAGCUAAAAAUCAAGCAAGAGAGGUUGAUGAAUAAGGUCGUGGCAAACCCUGAGGACACCAGCUCCCUGGAGGCUCGAAUUGUCGCCUUGACCGUCAAGAUCCACAAUUAUGAAAAACAUAUGCAGAAACAUCGAAAGGACAAAGCCCAUAAGCGCUUUCUGCUCAUGAGUAUCGACCAGAGGAAGAAAAUGCUGAAAAACCUCCGUAAGACCAACUAUGAUGUCUUUGAGAAGACAUGCAAGGAGCUGGGGAUUGAGUACACCUUCCCUCCACUCUACUACCGAAGGGCCCACCGCCGCUGGGUGACCAAGAAGGCACUGUGCAUUCGGGUUUUCCAAGAGGCUCAAAAGCUGAAGAAGCAAAAAAGAGCCUUAAAAGCUGCAGCAGCAGCAGCCCGGAAACAAGGCCAGAAGAGCCCAGAGGGGCCUUCCGAAGCUAGACCAGAGACACUCAAAGAAAAUAAAUAA